AUGCUUGAUACCAGAGAAGGCGAGCGGGCAGUGUAUCGUUUAGUCAGAGCGCGUCAUCGCUCAACGUUGGAUAUGGAGCACACCAAGAUCGUUAAGGGAGCUGGUGGAGCCGUUCUGCGCCGCUCUGGUCAGAUCCUGGAGAGGUGGCGAGAGUACUACAAUCACUUGUGUAACGAAGAGUUCUGUCAUCCUCCCAUCCCAACCGUUCCCAGUGUCAAGGGUCCUGUUCUACCAAUUACUGCCGUCGAAGUCAGUGCUGCCCUCGCAAAAAUGAAGUCGAACAAGGCAACCAGUCUUGAUGACAUACUUGCUGAUGUCUGGAAGCUGCUAGGAGAUCGAGGGUCCAUGUGGCUCGCAACUCUAUUUAACAAGAUCGUUGCAGAAGGACGGACUCCAGACGUUUGGCAAACUUCCGUGACCGUGCCUGUCUGGAAAGGGAAAGGAGACAUUGCUGACUGCACCUCGUACAGGCCUAUACGACUGGUCUGCCAUACGAUGAAGGUUUUUGAGCGUGUCCUGGAAGCUCGUCUGAGGGAAAUUGUUAGCGUUUCACUCAACCAGUGCGGCUUUGUGAAGGACUGCAGCACUAUAGAUGCUACCAAUGCUGUCCGAUUCCUCCUGGAAAAACAUUGA